GGCCGGCCGCGCGUCUCCACUCCCAGCUCUACGGGAGGGCUUGGGGUUUACACCGGAAGUGACGCCAAACAGCGGUGGCGGGGGGAGUACCGUGCUGCUGGGAGCAGAGGAGGGUGGCGAUUUCCGGCUCCGGGAGAGGGCUCGGGGUGGGGGGUGGGAGUGUCGCUUACAGACUCGCAGGCGGUGGCGGCGGCUGGGACCAUGGAGUUCCCUGGAGGAAACGACAAUUACCUGGCCAUCACGGGUACAGCCCAUCCCUUCCUGUCGGGGGCGGAGACGUUCCACACCCCCAGCCUGGGGGAUGAGGAGUUUGAGAUCCCGCCCAUCUCCCUGGAUGCCGAUCCCUCGCUAGCUGUCUCAGACGUGGUGGGGCACUUCGAUGACCUGGGGGACCCCAGCAGCGCGCCGGACACCGGCUUCUCCACCCAGUAUGGCGUGCAGGCCCUUGACAUGCCCGUGGGCAUGAACCACAGCCUCAUGGAGCAGGGCGGCGGGCUCCUGACGGGGGGGCUGGCCAUGGACCUGGAUCACUCUAUGGGCACCCAGUAUAGCACCAACCCGCCUGUCACGAUAGACGUGCCCAUGAGCCCUGGGGCACUGAUGGGCCAUGGCCAGCUGACGACCAUUGACCAAUCUGAGCUGAGCUCCCAGCUGGGCCUGAGCCUGGGGGGCAGCUCCAUCCUGCCGCCUGCUGCCCAGUCACCUGAGGAGCGGCUCUCCACCACGCCCUCGCCCACCAGCUCCCUGCAGGAAGACGAACCUGAGGAGUUCAGACGGCAGCAGGUGCCGGCCCAGAAGGCAGCACCGGUGGUGCUGGAUGCGGGGCGGAAGCAGAAGCCCGCCAAGAAGCAGAAGAAGAAGAAGGACCCGAAUGAGCCGCAGAAGCCGGUCUCAGCCUAUGCCCUGUUCUUCCGUGACACACAGGCUGCCAUCAAGGGCCAGAACCCCAACGCCACCUUCGGGGAGGUCUCCAAGAUCGUGGCCUCCAUGUGGGACAGCCUCGGCGAGGAGCAGAAACAGGUUUACAAGAGGAAGACGGAGGCGGCGAAGAAGGAGUAUCUGAAGGCACUGGCGGCUUAUCGGGCUAUCCAGACAGCAGCCGAGACGGCGGAGCUGGACCUGAACCCAGUGCCGCCCCCAGCAGCUCCCCAGCCAGCUCCAGCCCCCGCGCCGCCCUCGCCAGCCCCCACACCCCCUGCCCCCUCCCCAGUUCUGGAGUCCCCACCGGCUGCCCCCCAGCCAGCACCCAGUGCCGGGAACCUCUGCUCUCCGCCGCCAGCCCAGCCCAGCUUCACCAAGAUCAUCAUCCCCAAGCAGAUGCUGCCCUCAUCGCUGGCUGUGUCCUCGCAGGGAGGUGUGGUCACUGUCAUCCCUGUCACCUCCGUCACCUCCAGGGGGCUGCAGCUGGGCACGGGUGCCACCCAGAUAGUUACCCGCUCUGUGCUGCAGGCUGCAGCCGCUGCUGCAGCCGCUGCCUCCUCCAUGCAGCUGCCCCGGCUCCAGCCCCCGCCCCUGCAGCAGAUGCCCCCGCCCCAGCCCCCUGCCCAGCAGGUCGCUGUCCUGCAGCCCCCCCCGCCCCUGCAGGCCAUGCAGCAGCCUGCCCUGCAGCAGAAGGUGCGGCUCCACCUGCAGCAGCAGCCCCCGCCCCUACAGAUCAAGAUCCUGCCUCCGCCAGCCCUGCAGAUCCAGCCUGUCACCCUGCAGCCCGAGGAGGCCAGUCCUGAGCGGCCCAGCCCAGAGCCCCAGGGCUCCCCGGAGCCCGUGGAGAUGAUCACGGCUGACGUGGUGCCUGAGGUGGAGUCCCCGACGCAGAUGGACGUGGAGCUGGUGUCGGAGUCGCCCAUGGGGCUGUCACCCCGGCCCCGCUGCGUGCGCUCUGGCUGCGACAACCCACCUGUCAGCAGCAGUGACUGGGACAAUGAGUACUGCAGCAGCGAGUGCGUUGUCAAGCACUGCAGGGACGUGUUCCUAGCGUGGCUGGCUUCCCGUAACUCCAACAACAGUGUGGUGUUUGUGAAGUGACCGGCACGGCAGGGGUGCAGAGUGCUCCCAUUCAGAGUGUGGGGCAGUGCCUGGCACAGAUACUGCAGGACAGCGGGCGAGCCCAGCACAGACACUGCAGGGGACCAUGGGGAACAAUGUCCCCUAGGGGUGGGCAGGAGGUGGGGUGCAGGCACAGGGAUGGCACAGACUUUGCUCUUUCUACAGGCCAUGCCUCUGGAGCUGAUUAAAGUGGGAGGGGCUGGAGCUUUGUGAACUGCUUAUUGGGGAAAGGGUCCGGGGGACAGGCUAGCUGCUGGCCUGGCCCCCAUCAUCACCCCCUGUUCCCUGGCCUGGGUCGCCUUCAGCCAGGAGUUGGGAGCAGAAUGGGCUCUGGGGGGGCUGCCUGUGUCCAGCGCCAGCAGCUGCCACCAGUCCCAGAGAGCGAGGCCCAGCACCAGUUUUCUUGUUUUAUUAUGAAAUAGCCCCCUGUCCCCUCCCAUUCCCUACAUGUUCUUGGGCUUGGAGAUGAUCCCGUCUGGGUAGCGCUGCUUGAACUGGGCCACCACGUCAGGGUCCAGGAGGUGGAUGCCAUCUAGC